UAAUCAGUGCCCUCACUUCACCCAGUGCUGUGAGGGGGUGGGAGAGGGAGAACUUGGGGGCAAAUCAGCAUCCUGCCAUCCUCUCGCGCGUGCUGCUCCAAGAGCCCUGCGCUGCCUCCCACCGCCAUCUCUCCAAGCAGAGGGUUUCCUCCAGGCUUAAACUCCCGGAGACACGCCAGGUGAGGCGGGCUGGUGUUCUUUGUAAUUGUAACGGGGUGCGUGAUGAGGUGGGGAUCCCCGCGUCCAGGCUGAGAAACAGCAAUUACAAAACCAUGCAUCGAAGGCACACAACCCUUCGGGAGAAGGGCCGGAGGCAGGCCAUCCGGGGCCCAGCCUACAUGUUCAACGAGAAAGGCACCAGCCUGACUGCAGAAGAGGAACGCUUUCUCGAUUCUGCAGAAUAUGGCAACAUUCCUGUUGUGCGAAAAAUGCUGGAGGAAUCCAAAACCUUGAACUUUAAUUGUGUUGAUUAUAUGGGACAAAACGCCCUUCAAUUAGCUGUAGGGAAUGAGCAUCUGGAAGUGACAGAGCUCCUCCUCAAAAAGGAGAAUCUCGCUCGAGUUGGAGAUGCGCUUUUAUUAGCCAUCAGUAAAGGAUACGUGCGCAUUGUAGAAGCAAUAUUGAACCAUCCAGCCUUUGCACAAGGACAGCGUCUCACGCUCAGCCCCCUUGAGCAGGAACUGAGAGAUGAUGAUUUUUACGCUUAUGAUGAAGAUGGAACUCGGUUCUCCCAUGACAUUACCCCUAUCAUACUUGCUGCCCACUGCCAGGAGUAUGAAAUUGUUCACAUCUUACUUCUAAAAGGCGCGCGGAUUGAAAGGCCACAUGACUAUUUUUGCAAGUGCAAUGAAUGUAUUGAGAAGCAGAGGAAAGAUUCCUUUAGUCACUCUCGAUCGAGAAUGAAUGCCUACAAAGGAUUAGCCAGUGCUGCUUAUUUGUCUCUUUCCAGUGAAGACCCUGUCCUUACUGCUUUAGAGCUAAGCAAUGAAUUGGCCAGGCUAGCCAACAUUGAAACUGAAUUUAAGAAUGAUUACAGGAAGCUCUCUAUGCAAUGCAAGGACUUUGUCGUGGGAGUGCUGGACCUGUGCAGAGACACCGAAGAAGUAGAGGCUAUUCUGAACGGGGAUGUGAACAUACAUUUGUGCCCUGAGCACCACCGGCCGAGUCUGAGCAGGAUUAAACUUGCUAUUAAAUACGAGGUCAAAAAGUUUGUUGCUCACCCUAACUGCCAGCAGCAAUUGCUCACCAUGUGGUAUGAAAACCUCUCAGGCUUACGGCAACAAUCUAUAGCCGUGAAGUUCUUGGCUGUCUUUGGGGUCUCCAUUGGCCUGCCCUUCCUCGCCAUAGCCUACUGGAUCGCUCCCUGCAGCAAGUUGGGCCGGACCCUCCGAAGUCCUUUCAUGAAGUUUGUGGCACAUGCAGUUUCUUUCACAAUCUUCCUUGGACUGUUAGUAGUGAACGCUUCGGAUCGGUUUGAAGGAGUAAAAAAUCUCCCCAAUGAGACCAUCACGGAUCAUCCAAAACAAAUAUUUAGAGUGAAAACAACUCAGUUCUCAUGGACAGAAUUGCUGAUCAUGAAGUGGGUAUUGGGCAUGAUAUGGUCAGAGUGCAAGGAGAUCUGGGAAGAGGGUCCACGCGAAUACGUGGUGCAUCUCUGGAACCUGCUGGACUUUGGGAUGCUGUCCAUCUUCGUGGCAUCGUUCACCGCCAGGUUCAUGGCUUUUCUCAAAGCGACUGAAGCACAACAGUACGUAGAUCAGUACGUUCAAGAUGAUGACCUCAAUAAUGUCACCCUUCCCCCUGAAGUUGCUUACUUUACUUAUGCCAGGAACAAGUGGCUUCCCUCGGAUCCUCAGAUCAUUUCAGAAGGACUGUAUGCAAUAGCUGUGGUACUCAGCUUCUCCCGCAUUGCUUACAUUCUUCCAGCCAACGAAAGCUUCGGCCCCCUGCAGAUCUCUCUGGGGAGGACUGUGAAGGAUAUCUUCAAGUUCAUGGUCAUCUUCAUCAUGGUGUUCCUGGCCUUCAUGAUUGGAAUGUUCAACCUUUACUCUUACUACCUUGGUGCAAAAUACAACCCUGCGUUUACAACGGUAGAAGAAAGUUUUAAAACCUUAUUCUGGUCAAUAUUUGGCUUAUCUGAAGUGAUAUCUGUGGUGCUGAAGUACGAUCAUAAAUUCAUUGAGAAUAUUGGAUAUGUACUCUAUGGAGUAUAUAACGUGACUAUGGUGGUGGUGCUGCUUAAUAUGCUAAUAGCCAUGAUCAACAACUCCUAUCAGGAAAUUGAGGAGGAUGCAGAUGUGGAGUGGAAGUUUGCACGUGCAAAGCUCUGGCUGUCCUACUUUGACGAAGGAAGGACUUUACCUGCUCCUUUUAAUCUAGUGCCAAGCCCUAAAUCAUUUUAUUAUCUCAUACUGAGAAUAAAAAUGUGCCUCAUAAAACUCUGCAAAUCUAAGGCCAAAAACUGUGAAAAUGACCUUGAGAUGGGGAUGUUGAAUUCCAAACAACGGAAAGUUCGUUUUCACUCUAGCACUCGAAAUACAGAAAAUUUUUCUGGGAAGAAUGCUUAUAACAAGCCCACAAGAUAUCAGGUGACAACCCUACCUCCCUCUGGAUUCUACUACCUUGGCCAUCUUCAACACACCAAAAUAAUGAAACGUCUGAUUAAGCGGUAUGUACUGAAGGCUCAGGUUGACCGAGAAAAUGAUGAGGUCAAUGAAGGAGAACUUAAAGAGAUUAAACAAGAUAUUUCCAGUCUCCGCUACGAACUCUUAGAGGAAAAGUCACAAGCUACUGGCGAGCUGGCAAGACUAAUACAGCAGCUGAGCGACAAAUUUGGGAAGAACUUAAAUAAGGACAUUUGAUGGUGAACAUAGAAAAAGGCAACAGGUUGUCUAAACAUUAUUCAAUCUCAACCAGCAUCUUAGGAGGGCAAAAACCAUGCAAAAGAUGGGUAAUGCACACUCAGCUUUUGCUCACUAGCAAGUCUUGGUAGGAGCACGUUGUGUUACUGCUGUGCUUGGUGAGCUACCAGUUAAAGCUUUUAUGAUGCAAAAGUGACUUACUGGUAAAAAUAUACGCCCUUUGACAUCAGAAAUAGAUGCACCAUAGGGAAGGCACCUCUAGUUAAAGGCAAAAAAAGCCAGAUCUUCACCCAUCUGACUCCAGUGAAGACAAUGCAACCGGGCUCGUUUAUACCAAUAGAGACUGUACUGGUCAGAAUUGGGUGAAGCCUGAAGAAAAAAUGUGCCAAGUAUAUUCCUUACAAAAAUUUUUAAAAUUCCUAUCCUUGGGUGUGUAUUCUCCUUUUAUGUUUACACAGGCAUCCAUGAAGAUAACUUUGCACAGCACUGUGUUUAAUGGGUUAAUAAGCAAAUGAGAAAUCAUCUGCUGAAAUGACUGAGGGAAAGGGUGGCAGGUAGAGGUCACCUACCUUUUAGACUGUAUGACAGCGUCGGAAAAAAUGAACCAAGCUUGUUGGGUAAAGCAUCCAUCUGCUAGAACCUGAUAAAGGGAUUCCCAGCCAAAAACUCCUCUCCGCCUUUUCCAGCUCUAUUAGCUAGUCCACUAGUGGAUACGGUCUCUUUGUACACACCUAGCCUCUCUUUUGUCCUCAGAUAAUCCCAGCUUCAACAAUGGCCUACUGAAAUAUUCAUAAUGAUGCGAAACUCACUUCCCAGGAAUGCCCAGAAAUAACAUAUAUUGUGCUAAUGGGUUCAAAGAACAACAUUAAUCCGGCGACAGCGACGCAACAGAGCUCAGCUUUUGGAUUCCAGAGGUAAAAGAGCGAGCCAUAGGGUGAGAUAAAUCACAGAGAGCACAGCCCAGUAGUUUCACACCUUAAAAUCAGGACAAAAAGGUUUCAAUUCCACUGAGAACAUUCUGACAAAUAAAAAAAAAAGGAAAAAUGGUUGUCAAAAUUACUUAUGUGUUUGGCUCUCACAGAGGACCAGGAAGGGAUUAAAACUGUUUUAAAGGCUGCACUUUUAUGACUGGGAAGUGGUGAAUCUGCACGACACAAGUACAGACUUGGAUUGCUUGGGCUUUUAUGUUUGGCUCCAUGAUUUCAACUACUUAAAGCACACCUUACUACUUGGGAACCACUGAACUGUACUGUUUGUUUACAAGAGACACCUGUAAGAUGGACAUUACAUUUAGGCGUCAGCUGAGAAAAACAAGCAGAACCAGAAGGUGACCUGUGAUCAGUUCUUAAGUGCCAGAUGAGAAUACAGAUAGCCUAAUAGAAUAAUAGUUAUAUUUGUACAAAAAAAAAAAAAAAAAAAAAAAAAAAAAAAAAAAGUGUACCGUACGUAGGUCUGUUUAGAGAAAAGCAAAAUACUGUAUUUUUACCUUUAAUAUGAUUAUCUUGUAUACUGUAAUAUUUUUACCUAAAAAUGGGAAAAGAAA